AAAAUCUCCAAAACCCUAGCCGCUCUUCUCUCUGUCCAAUCCCAACCCGCGCGCCGCCCCUCAUUUCAUCCUUCUCCCCCGACAGCGGCGGCCGGAACCUGAGAUCAACACCAUGGCGGGCGGGAAGAUCCAGAAGAAGCGGCAGGUCGGAGGCGGCGGCAGAGCGCGGCUGCAAGGCGGAAUCCCGUUCGAGAAGUCCAAGGGCCAGCAUAUCCUGAAAAACCCGGCGCUGGUGGACUCCAUCAUCGCCAAGGCCGGCCUCAAGCCCACCGACACCGUCCUCGAGAUCGGGCCCGGCACGGGGAACCUCACCAAGCGCCUGCUCGAGGCCGGCGUCAAGGCUGUCGUCGCCGUCGAGCUCGACCCGCGGAUGGUUCUCGAGCUCAGCCGCCGGUUCCAGGGCCACCCCCUCUUGGCCCAGAUGCAGGUUAUCCAAGGAGAUGUGCUUAAAUGUGACCUUCCGUACUUUGAUAUCUGUGUGGCAAACAUCCCAUACCAGAUUUCGUCUCCCCUUACAUUCAAGCUUCUGUCACACCCCCCAAUCUUUAGGUGUGCUGUGAUCAUGUUUCAACGUGAAUUUGCCAUGAGACUUGUUGCACAGCCUGGAGACACUCUCUACUGCCGUCUAUCAGUGAACGUGCAGCUCCUAUCUCGUGUGUCACAUCUGCUGAAGGUUGGGCGAAACAACUUCAGGCCACCACCCAAGGUGGAUUCUUCAGUUGUGCGCAUCGAGCCCAGGAAGCCCCUCCCUCCCGUCAGCUUCAAAGAGUGGGAUGGACUUGUGAGGGUUUGUUUUAACCGGAAAAACAAAACUCUGGGUGCCAUUUUCAAGCAGAAGCGUGUUCUUGAGUUGCUAGAGAAGAAUUACAAGACAAUGCAGUCUCUCCAACUUGCUCAAGAUUCAGAAAUGGGUGAGGAAAAGAUGUCACCAGAUGAUGUCGCGGUGCUGGCUAAUAUGGUCGAGGACCUGAGCAUGGAGACCUGCGAUGAGAAAGAAGACGAUGAAAUGGAAAUGGACGAUGCUGACAUGGCAGGAGAUGGCCGAGCUAGCCUCAAAGAAAAGAUUAUGGGGACAUUGCAGCAGGGUGAUUUUGCAGACAAGAGAUCUUCCAAGCUGAGCCAAGUUGAUUUCUUGUACUCGUUGUCUCUGUUCAACAAAGCCGGAGUACAUUUUUCUUGAGGGACUGCUUGACGCUUGAGAUGAAUCUUGAAGAAAUUAUUUUCUUUGGUUUAUGUUAUGCAAGUCCUCCAUGUGCUAUUGUGCUUUGUAGAGAAAUCUUACUGCAUGGAUUUUGUCACAGUUUUGGGUAAUUCGAUAGUUGUAAGGAAUGGAGUUCAAUUUAAUGGUGCCUAAAUAUAUAUAUCCUCACGUCUUGUUUUAUUUCA